UUCAGAGAGAGAGAGAGAGAGAGAGAGAGAGAGAAAUGGAUGAGUCAGACGCGGAUGACGAUUUUCUCCAAUGCGUGGAGUAUCUCGAAGCCACCGUUAUUGCCGAUAGGCUUCGCGGACAACCUCCUCCGGCAAUUCCAGUGUCAGUACCAGCUCCGGAGAUGACGACGACGACGGUUUCAUCGUCUUUGUCUCACCCUAUGCAGUUACAAUACUCCGCGGGGCAACGGAAACAAAUUCCAGUUCAUGAUCCUUUCUUCAAUUACUCUCCACCUAGAGAACUCUCUCAAAGAGUAGGAGCUUUCAGUGACGCGUUAAUGGAUUACUCUACAUCUACGAUUACUGCUGCUAAACCGACUUUUUCGAAUCGUCGCUGCGAUAGUGAGAAGGAUCUUGAAAUUGAUCGCUUAAAGAAGGAGCUGGAGCGUGUCUCGAAGCAAUUGCUAGAUUUGGAACAAGAUUAUUCUCAGCUUAAAGAGGGGGAAAACAAAGAAACAGAGUCCAAAAGCUUGUGUGCUGAUAAUAAAGGGCAGUGUUCUUCUGCAGUUCAUGCUUCUAAGGGAACAAACUUGGAACCAGAAGAUGUUGCAACUUCUCCAGUAAACAUUCGAGAACUCGACUCUACGACAGGGUUAGAUGACAAAAGUAGCUUCAAGACCACUGGUCUUCAGGCGGAUCUUUCAAAGAAACUGCGGGAUAUCUGGUGCAACUCAAAUCAUCAAAGGAGAAAUCUAGUCUCAGAGUUGCUACUGGCUUGUUCAGCAGAUCUCCAGAUUCUCUUUAGUUAUAUGAAAGGCAGUACGCCUCCCCAAGAUGGCGCCAAAACCUCGUCAAAUAUGCAAUCUUCUCAAGACUUAGAAUCUGAAAAAGUCUGUAACUUAUACUCUGCAAUAACAAAGAUCAGUUUUGGGUCUGUAAAUUUGAAGAACUUGGUUGAACCACUACUUGAUCUUUGCAAAGGGGAAAAUGCCGUUCUUGUUCAUAGAUCUCUGCGUGUACUACAUGUGCUGUUGGAACAUAUAUGUGGUGUUGAAUACAGAACUGAAGCCAGCUAUUCUCUGUUUGUCUUGAUGAAUCAAAUUGCUAGCAGAAGAACUGAAGAGGAUGUGAAACUAGAAGCAUUGUCAAUAAUGAACACAAUCGCUUUGAGCACUGAUGCUUAUACUGAGAGAGAAGCUUUUGUCUCCAAGGAAGUUUUAGAGAGCAUUUCAUUACAUUUAAGAAAAGAAGCUGGCUUACAUGUGCGGAAAGAAGCUGUUCGUCUUUUUUACUUGCUACUCAACUGCCCUAAACUGUACGAUAGGUUUGAUUCUGUCCAUGGGGAAAAGAAGCCCUCAGAUACUGAAAACGACAGUGAAGGAAAUCUCUUUUCUUUGGAAGCAUUUGGUAAGAUCUUCGAAGGUUUAGCAGAUUGUUUGACUUUUCCCAGAAAGACAUCAGAGGAUCUGGAACUCUGUCGGGAUGUAAUAAAUAUCUUGGCUUUAGCUGCUUCUUCAGGAAACUCUGGCUAUGAACUACUCUCAAGUCACAAGCUUCCUCAAGACACCAACUUUUUAAUGCUGAUACUGCACCUUUUGGUAGCAGAGAUAGUCUCUGAAUCAACAGACUCUCAUCCAGAAUCGGAAAUUUUCAAAGCAAGGACAAUAUUGAUGAGAGAGAUACUGAUAUUACUAAACAGACUUGUCUCUGGCUUGUCAAGCUCUGCUACUGUUCUAAAGGAACUUACAAACAGCAGAGACAUGGCGAGUCUAACGGUUGAUGCAGCCACACGAUUAUCCCGGAAAAGAAACUUACUUGGACAACCUGAAAACAAUGUUGAGAGAAUGAGGAAUACUGAAAUCAUGGAUUUAGCCCGCAAUUUCAAGAAACGGGUUUUCGGCUUCUUAGGUGACAAUACUAAAUAAACACAAACAUAUUGAUGUAGUUGAGUUCAUUGAGUUCCCUUUUAACGAGAGCAUAGCAAUGUUAAUUGAAGGAGCAUAGUAGAUGUGAAACGGUCUGCAAAUUAACACGCUAAUAUUUAAGACAUCAUUGAUCAUAUAAUCUUUGAUUGAUUA